AUGGCCGGAGCUUCCAAGAGAAGCAUCCGGAGCAAGACGCCAUCCUCUUCCGUCGACAACUAUAAUGAUCCAUCAAUCCGUAAUGUAAAACCAAACACCAGAAUUCGAAAAUCCGGUGGCAGCGACCAGAAUUUCAUUCGGAUUUUAAACGUGAACAUCAAAUAUUUAUUCAUUUUUGGCCUUGUUUUCUUUUUAAUCGCUUUGUUUUUAGUUAAUCACCUCAUAAAACCCGCGGAAGAGCCUGUGAAACCCAGAGUCGUCACUCCGUUUCCUGCCCCAAAACUGAUGGAUCUUCCUAUGUUUCAAGGGGAGCACAAGGAAAGCUUAUAUUGGGGAACGUACAGGCCUCAUGUUUACUUUGGAGUUCGUGCACGGACUCCACAGUCUCUGCUCACUGGUUUGAUGUGGCUUGGUGUAAAGGAUGGAAGAUAUUCCAUGCGGCAUGUCUGCCAAAAUUCGGAUGAGCUUAAGACAUAUGGCUGGACACAUCAUAAUGGACGGGAUUAUGGUCAUCAAGUAUUGGUUGACCAAGAAUUCACACUUAUGACUAGCUUUUUAAAAUACAAGGAGAAGGAGAGUGGAUAUGGAGGAAACUGGGCAGUUCGAAUUGAAGCACAGAGCGACAAACAUGUUGAAGUAAUGUCAGAACUUGUGCACAUCUUCUUUUAUGUGGCUGAUGAAGGUGGAACUGCUAUAGAUUUGGGUGGAGGUGUUAUGGACAUUCAUGAUGACUCCAUCCUAGCAUUUGGUUCGCGGAAUGAUGUUGGUAACUGGCAGCUACAUUUAGGGUCAGAGGAUGAUUAUGAGAUCCAUUAUUCUGGUUUCAAGACACUUCACAUUCACAAUCUAUCUGAACUUGUCAUAGCAAAUCUUGGAACCCAGGCUAGUAAAUUUAAUCGUUUGCAGCUUUCUGAUACUUCUGACCACUCUCCAAACAUUCUAGUUUUUCAGAUCUCUGCUAGGAUUCCCUUCAAAGCAGAUGUUGUAUUUGUAUCAGGAUCUGGUGGUCAAAAUUCAAGAAUGGAAGAGCAUUUUAGAAGCCUCACUGGUGACUCUUUGACUGCUCGUCUAAGUGAAAAGAAAAACCAGUUUGAAGACAAAUUCGAAAGGUUCUUUAAUAUUUCUGAUGAGCUUAAUCCUGAAGCCAAGGCAGUGAGUAAGGCUGCUCUUGGGAAUUUGUUGGGUGGAAUUGGGUACUUUUAUGGCCAAUCAAAAAUCUCAACUCCACCAUCCUCUAAUCAUAAGCUUGGUGAUGAUUUUAUAUCAUAUUGGCCAGCUGAGCUAUAUACAGCAGUUCCAAGCAGACCCUUUUUCCCUAGGGGAUUUUUGUGGGAUGAAGGAUUUCAUCAACUACUAAUCUGGCGUUGGGAUGUUCAUAUUUGUUUGGAUAUAAUUGGGCAUUGGUUAGAUCUGAUGAAUGUUGAAGGAUGGAUUCCACGUGAGCAAAUUUUAGGUGCUGAAGCUUUAAGUAAGGUCCCAGCAGAAUUCGUUCUUCAGUAUCCAACCAAUGGAAAUCCUCCAACAUUAUUUUUGGUUUUACGAGAUUUGAUGUGCAGCAUUAAGAAAAAUCAGUUUGCUGCCACAGAAAGAAAUGAGAUCUCCAUCUUUUUGGAUCGAGCAUUUAUUCGUCUUGAAGCAUGGUUUAACUGGUUUAACACUACACAAUCAGGAAAAAUUGCAAGUACCUACUUUUGGCAUGGAAGAGACAAUGCAACCAUUAGAGAACUAAAUCCAAAGACGCUGUCUUCUGGAUUAGAUGAUUAUCCUCGUGCAUCACACCCUAGCGAAGAUGAACGUCACUUGGAUCUUAGAUGUUGGAUGCAAUUUGCAGCAGAUUGCAUGCAUUCCAUUUCAGAGUUUCUUGGGAAGGAGAGAGAACUUGGAAAGGAGUACGGUUUGACAGCAAAGCUGCUCUCAGAUUUUGAGCUUUUAAAUGAGAUGCACUUUGAUUAUACCUAUGGAGCUUAUUUUGAUUAUGGAAAUCAUACCGAGCAGGUUCAUCUAAGUUGGAGACUGGUGGAGCAGGCUGGUGAUUACCCUAUUCAUGAGUUUGUAAGAGAAGUUCUUGAGGAGCCAGUGCUGCGACUGGUUCCUCAUGUUGGCUAUGUCAGCCUUUUCCCUUUUAUUGGUAGACUUAUUCCACCUGAUUCAUGGAUAUUAGAAAAACAGCUUGAUCUCAUUUCAAACAGAAGUGCUUUGUCGACCGUCUUUGGACUCAGAUCUCUUGCCAAGACAAGCACACUGUACAUGAUACGCAACACUGAGCAUGAUCCACCAUAUUGGAGAGGGACAAUUUGGAUGAACAUGAAUUAUUUGAUUCUUUCCUCACUUAACCACUAUUCAAAAGUUGAAGGACCAUACAGAGGGAGAGCAAAGACUGUCUACAAUGAUUUGAGGGACAAUUUGAUAAGAAAUGUGGUAAGAAACUAUAACCAGACUGGCUUUUUCUGGGAACAGUAUGAUCAGAAGAGCGGAAAAGGAAAAGGUGCGCGCCUCUUUACUGGUUGGACGUCACUUGUGCUAUUGAUCAUGGCAGAAACAUUUAACGAGUGUUAG